AUGAUAUUGGAUAAUUUUAAUUCGUAUAUUGGUAAACAGGAAAUAGGUCCUUUUCACAAGUUAUUUUCGGCUAUUGUCGAAACAAAUGGUUCUGGAAAAUCAAAUGCCAUAGACGCGCUUUUAUUUGUAUUUGGAUAUCGAGCAAAUAUAAUGAGGAAAGCAAGAUUAUCAGAACUCAUUCAUUUACCACAGGGAUGUGAAAAACUUGAUACUUGCAUGGUAGAAAUACAUUUUGAGGAAAUCAUUGAUGUGUCAGGUUCGGAUGAUUAUGAGAUUGUACCGAAAUCUCACUUGGUUAUCUCGCGUCAAGUUUUCCGUAAUAUUACAAACAAGUAUUUCAUUAAUGGACGUCAAAGCAAAUACACCGAAGUUACAAGUCUUUUGAAAGAAAAGGGGAUCGAUUUGGAUCAUAAUCGGUUCCUAAUUUUGCAGGGAGAAGUUGAAUCAAUAUCACAGAUGAAACCCAAAGCACCAAAUAAGCAUGAAUAUGAAUUCUUAAAAUAUCUUAAAGACAUUAUUGGAACUUCUGAAAAAGCAUAUUUAAAGGUUAAGAAGAAACAAAGUUUAGAGGAUCGUUUGGGUAACCUUGGUACCAUCAAUUCCAAAUUUUCUUCCGACAUAACACCCGAGACAAUAAUGGCAAAAUUAGAAAGAGGACGAAGCUACUUAGAAGUACAUUGGAGAGAAUUUAAUGAAAAUUUUAGACCUUUAGAAUCUCAACAGAAAAAGGAUGAACUUUCUAAAUUAGAAUUUGAAUUAACAAAGUUAAAGAUGGAUGCUAACAAUUACGCAAAACAUAUUAAAUGUAAUGAAAAAAUAAUGGCUGAGUUACGAAAACAAAAUGAUUCAAAAAUAGAUGAUUAUACCAUGCGUUUGGAAAAUUUUCGAAUACAAAUUGAUCAUCUAACACAAGAAUUGGAUAGAUUGCAACGACAACAUUCUAAAAUUGAAGAAGAGAUUAAUAUUUUGGAAGGAAAGAUUAAAUUUCGGGCUCAUAAAUCUCAUAUAGAUCAUAUUAAAUAUCAAAUAGAUUUAAUAAAUGAUCGAAUUACCAAGUCGCAAGUGGCCAAAUCAAGGGCGGAAAUGGAAAUGAAUAAAUUCGCAAAUUCUCUAGAAAAUAGUGAAAGAGAAUUAGAAGAAUUAAAUAAUGAGAUAGAAAUUCUUACAAAAAAUAUUCAACAGAAUGCCAAUAUCCGUAUUAAAGCCG